AUGUCACAUCAGCCACCAACCUCCUACGAUGUGGGCUAUUCUCCGAGUUAUCAAACCGCCGGACGCAAGCGCAGCCAUCAGGAACAUCAUCUGCAACCGGAAUUACCUUCCUUAGAGCAACAUUUGAAUCCAUAUGGGCAAGCAACAGGAAGCGUCUCACUUGCUCAUCCCUCGCAGCAGGGUUACUCCCUUCACCAAUAUCCACCUCCACAAGCCCCCCCACAACAACAACAACAACAACAUACUUUACCUCCAACACAUCACCACCAUCUUCCCAACACUCACCGCAGCAAGAGACAGCAGAUGGAGGGUGCGCCGCCCUCUCCCACUCCCCACCAUGGACCUCCCAGUGUCGUAGGCGCGCAGGGUAUGCCUGCACCCGCACCGCGACCUCGCGGCCCGAAACUCAAGUUUACGCCCGAAGACGACCAGCUACUAGUCGACCUGAAAGAGAAGAAGAACUUAACCUGGAAGCAAAUCGCCGACUUCUUCCCGGGUCGCAGCUCCGGUACGCUGCAGGUGCGAUAUUGCACAAAGCUUAAAGCCAAGACAACAGUCUGGACAGAUGAGAUGGUCGCGAAACUGCGCACCUCGAUGCAAGAGUACGAAAACGAUCGUUGGCGCAUCAUCUCGUCGAAAGUCGGUGCUGGCUUUUCGCCGGUCGCGUGUAAAGACAAGGCGGAGGAGUUGAAAGCGAUUGAAACGGAGCAGGAGGAGGAGCGCGAACGGCAGCAGCAGAACGCGUAUGUCCAGAGUGAGAUGCCCGGUGGCCAUGGCGAUCCGAGCGCAAGCUAUCAGUGA